AUGGGUCUCGACUACAAAGUCUUCACCAGCAGACGUCCCGGUGUGAGCCGGACCACACCAGCUGGUCAUGAUCAUCUCAAGUGGGUGCCGACCACUUCGACAUUGAUAUUUGGCCAGAGAGAUGCAGUCCUGGUCGAUACCCAGUUAACCAUGGCUGCUGCGAAAGACCUGGUAGACUGGGUAGUAGGAACUGGGAAAAACCUUACGACGAUUUAUAUCACUCAUGCCCAUGGCGAUCAUUUCUACGGUACCAGUGCCAUUCUUGAGAGAUUCCCGGACGCAAAAGUCGUGGCUACGCCGGAGACUAUCCCAAACAAGCUGGUAAUCGCCACCCCGCUCGAACAGGACCACUUCAUGCUGGAGAACGAGCGAUUGGAAGUGGUCAGGCUGGGACAUACGGAUACAGAUGACACAACAGCUCUCUGGGUUCCUGCAAUUGGCUUGGUUGUUGCGGGCGACGCAGUCUACAACAAUACCCACCCAUACCUGGGAGAAUCGAAGUCCCAAGAGGCCAGAUCGCGCUGGGUGGCAGCGCUUGAUAAGAUUGCGGCCCUUCAACCAAGGAUUGUCGUCGGCGGCCAUAGUGAUCCAUCUAAAGAAUUCUCCCCGGAUGCCGUCCAAACAACCAAGGAAUAUUUGAAUGAUUUCGCGCGACUGGAUAGACAAACAUCCACCCCUGAGGAAUUAUAUUCGCAAAUGAUGGAACUACACCCUACGAGAUUGAAUGUCGGCUCGCUAUGGGGAGGUGCAACACUCGUGAAGAAAUGA